AUUUUUUUGUUAUUUUGUGGGGAAGGGCAGCAGGAAGGGCAGCAGUUGGGCACUAUAAAAACCAACGCAGAAACUUUCUGCAGCUGCAGAUGAAAAGGAGACUCAAGAGGAAACCAAAAUAACAGUGGAAAAAAGCCAGAAGACAAAUAGACUUUUGCCAGUCUGCUGUUAACAACAAUCAAAAAAUGUCAAGAGAAAGCACAAGAAGCAAAAACAUGGGAAAAGACCACAGCGAUGGAAAGGGCUCAAGUGUUGCACAUAAUAUAAAGAACAACUGGAGCAUAAAAAUAGCCGAUGGAAGCAAUGAAAACCUGCCCAUGUUUAAACUCAACCUGGAAGAAACAUGGCAGAACAAUGAUGAAUUCUGCAGAAGAAGCACGUUUGGGAAGAACGUCACAAAACAGAACAAGACCAUCAUGAUGAUCGGAGCCACAGGUGCAGGAAAAACCACCCUAAUAAACAGCAUGAUCAACUACAUUCUGGGAGUGGAAUGGAAAGACGACUUCCGGUUUGUGCUGAUAGAUGAAGGGAAGCAGAAAUCCCAGGCUGAAAGUCAGACUUCAGAGAUCACGGCAUAUCAGAUCAAUCACAUGGAUGGUUUCAAGAUUCCACAUUCUCUGACCAUAGUGGACACACCAGGCUUCGGUGAUACCAGAGGAAUCUCACAUGACCAGAAGAUCACAAAGCAGAUUCAGGAGUUCUUCUCUAAUCCAGGAGGGAUCGACAGCAUUGAUGCCGUGUGUUUUGUAGUACAGGCUUCACUUGCCCGUCUGACGCACACACAGAAAUACAUCUUUGACUCCAUUCUUUCCAUAUUUGGGAAGGACAUUGCUGAAAACAUCCUUGUGCUGGUCACCUUUGCAGAUGGGAAAACACCUCCUGUUCUCGAGGCCAUCAAAGUCUCUGAGGUGUCCUGUGCUACCAAUGAGUCUGGAGAGCCUCUUCACUUCAAGUUCAACAACUCUGCUGUGUUUGCCAUCAAUAAAUCUGCAGAGGAUGAGGACUCUGACUGUGACAACUUUGACCAAAUGUUCUGGAAGAUGGGAUUUUCCAGCAUGAGAAAAUUCUUCACAUCCCUUAACACGAUGGAAACCAAGAGCUUGACUCUGACACGGGAGGUCCUAAAAGAGCGACAUCAGAUAGAAGUGCUUGUGGAACGUCUCCAGCCUCAAAUCAAUGCUGGUCUGACAAAACUGGAUGAAAUCAGGAAGACAAGAGCAGCUCUGGAGCAGCACAAGGCUGAGAUGGAUGCAAACAAAGAUUUUGAAUAUGAAGUAGAAGUAACUGUCCCAGACAAAAUCGAAAACAAAACUGGUUACUACCUAUCCAACUGCCAGCAGUGUCACUUCACAUGUCAUAAAACAUGCGGAAUUGCAAAUGACAGUGAAAGAUAUGCGUGCUGGGCCAUGACAGAUGGAAAGUGUAGGGUCUGUCCAGGAAAGUGUGCUUGGGAUGUGCACUUCAAUCAGAAAUACAGAUGGGAUUAUGUCACAGAAAAGAGAAAGCAAACCUAUCAGGAUUUAAAAAAGCGAUUUGAGGAUGCACAUGGACAGGUCAUGUCAAAAGAAAAGAUCUUUGAAGAACUUGAAAAUGAGCUCGAGGAAGUCCAGGAUAUUGUGACUGGACUAAUUGAAGAAUCUCAAAAUUCUUUGGAGCGACUGCAGGAAAUCGCCCUCAAGCCCAAUCCUCUGUCCACCCCUGACUACAUCGAUCUGAUGAUUGAGUCUGAGAAACAAGAAGCCAAGUCUGGAUAUAAAGAUCGCAUUCAGUCUUUGAUGGACGUCAGGAAGAAGGCAGAGAUCAUCAGUAAAGUUUCCACAGGAGAAGUGCUUCCGGAGGACUGGAAAACAUACAAACCUGCAACAAGAAAACAAUCAUCCUAUAAUCCAAAAGUCUUUUUCAGUAAUGCUAUAAAUUAUGUUAAAGAAAAAGCACGCACUGUAUUUGAGUAAAACUUUGACCUUUUAUCUGCUCUUACCACAGCUAUAAACAAGUACAUUUGGUUUUGUGCUAAGAUGCUCUGCGUGCAUUUUUAUUAUACUUAAAAAUACUUGAGCUUAAAAAUGGUCUUCAUCUUCAUUCUUUGUAUGAUGUAUGAUACAUAACUGCAUGAUUCUGCCAAACAGCCUGUUACAUGAAAAAAAGUGAAAAUCAUCUAAAACUGAUUUAUAUUAUAUUGAAUGAACUGAAUAUGUAAUGUAUCACAAAUGAGCAGAUUGUAUCAUAAUGUUGUUUUGGGAUGAUGUAAUUUAUACUAGUCAUUCAUUUUGCAUGAAUAAAAAAAAGCAAGCAAGUUAAGAAUCUAAGCAUUGUGUGUUGCCAAUAAAUGCAUUUAAAAUGUAAAA